GCCAAAGAUGUGCCUACAACUUGUUACAGCUGAAGAUUGUAAGUUCAAAUUUGAACCUCAAGGGUGUAAGACACUUCUGUUUGCAAGAGAACAUAAGUACAAUGCAUAACAGUUUACCAAUGUAGAAUUCUUUAAGACUCCUAAGGAAUUUUCAUAAAUUCUUCUCUUUCCCACCUGAAGCACCUUUGAGUCCAAUCUUGCAUGACCUAAAUUUUUUUAAACUGCAAAUUAAUGAUUAAGGGGGAGGGUGUUUCAAAUAUGACCCCAUACUCAUCUCUCUAGUCACUUAAAAAUACAAAUAUCUCUUGCUUUCGAGGAACUUGUGGCAAAUGAUACCAGUUAUUUAUCUAAAAGAGAUAUUUUUUACAAUUACAGUUUCUUUCGAGAUUUUCACCCUAGCUCUCUUUCUCUUACACGACCCUACCCUUGAUAGUGGUUAAGUCCCAGUCUUACCUCUGUCUUUGUAAACAAUCAAUAAACAUGGCGGACACAACGACUUCGAAUGGAGUAUCGCUGCUGUUCAAAAAUUUGACCGCGCGGGUUAGAUUUAAAUUUGAGAUGAUGGCAAAGAUCGAUGCCUGAAGUCUUCCAAAUUUGAAAGAAAAAUGCAGGACAGUGAAGGAGGGCUAUUUCAAGAAUGGUUUUCCUCCAUCAGUGGCAUUCUAAAUCAAAGAGUCAAUGUAAAAGAGAUCUCAGCUCAGUUUGGCUUGCUACAAUCAGAUGAAGAGAGAGUUGCAUUUGGUCUGAAUUGGGCUUGCCUCCAUGAGGUUAUGAAGGUGGAACCUUGCUUUAAUUCAAAGUCAGCAGAACAUUCUAUCAGGCUGCGUAGGGAAGGAAACAAAUUGUACCAAAAAGAUAGACAUUACAAGGCACUAGAAGUUUAUACUUGCAGUAUUUUGAAUGCACCUGUUGAAGGUCCUGGUAAUGAAUUGUCUCUUGCUCUGGCAAAUAGAUCUGCAGUCUUGUUUAAGCUAAGGGAGUAUCCCAAAUCUUUGGAGGAUAUUCAACAGGCUUUGAGCUAUGGGUAUCCUGUGGAACUCAGGUACAAGUUGCUUGACAGACAAGGAAAGUGUCUUUUACAACUUGGUAGAAGAAGUGCAGCUGUUGACUGCUUUCAAGAGGCUAAGAAGGUUCUUGAUGAGUCCAAGCUGGAUGAAACCAAAAGAGGAACUUUUUUGAAAGACCUUGAAAUGGAAAUUUCAGUAUGUAGAACUCAGGAAUUGAAAGUAAACAAAAGUCAUGAAAAGCCUACAGAUAUAAAUGAAAAUGAUGAUCAUCUGUUGCACCAAGAAUUUGCUUUGCCAAAACACACUCAUGGAAGGAAUAUCAAGUUUACUUCAGCCUCUUGUUGUGUGGACAUCAUCUCAUCCCCAGACUAUGGUCGUCAUUCAGUAGCAACUCAAGAUAUUUUUGUUGGGGACAUCCUGGUCAUUGAAAAGCCUUUUGCAUCUGUUCUUCUACCAGAACAUGUGGAAACACACUGUUAUCACUGUCUGAAGCGUGUAACUGUCCCAAUGCCUUGCUGUCAGUGUACUACUGUCAGGUACUGCAGUGUAGAUUGUGCAAAACAAAGCUGGGAUGGUUAUCAUUCAGUGGAAUGCAAAUAUCUCAACCUUAUCCAUAAAGCCAAAAUUGGCAAAAAUGGUCACCUUGCUCUGAGAAUAAUAGCAAAAGCCAGAUAUAAAUUCCUGAAGAACUUCAGACGUGAAAUGAGGAAAAGACUGUGUGACAAAGUCAGCCAAGAAUCUGGCUGCCUAGAUGAUGGAAGCUAUAUUUCAUCUCAUUACCUUCCAAUUUACUGCCUUGUGACUCAUUCAGAGGACAGAAGUGCUGGUGAUCUGUUCCACCGCACAGUGAUGGCCAUAUUCCUGUUAAAGAUACUUCAAGGAGGUAGCUUUUUCGGCAAGGAUCCAUACUCUCAAGAUGACCUGAUCUUCAUUGGAGGCCUGAUCUUGCGUCAUCUUCAGUCAAAUCCUUGUAAUGCUCAUGAAGUUUCAGAACUUCAGCUGAAUCUUAACUCAGUUGCCACAUCAGAAACAGGUGAAAUUGCCUCAGGGAUAUAUGCUACCCUAAGUUUGUUCAAUCAUUCUUGUGAUCCAUCAGUGACCAGAAACUUUUACGGUGACACAUGUGUUGUGCGUGCCAUAAAAAAUAUUCCAAAGGGUGAAGAAAUUUCUGAUAACUAUGGCACACUUUGUGCACUCACUCCUAAAGCUGAAAGACAAAAAGAACUUGCAAGUCAGUAUUACUUCACUUGUCAUUGUAGAGCUUGCAAGGAAGACUUUCCUUUGUAUUUAGAUAUUCCAAGCAAUGCAUCCCCAGUGUUUAAAUGUCAAAGCUGUUGUAUUCCUCUUUCCAUUAAGAAUGAGGGAAAAGUGCCAUCAAGUGUCUGUUCCAAGUGCCAUUGUUCUUAUGAUUUGCGGCAGAUGAGAGCCACUUUAGAGGAUUCAACUCAGUUAUUUGAGCAAGCCAUUGAUGCUCUUCUUCUCAAAGCAGAUGU